AACCAAAUCCAUUCUCAUAGCAUGCGUAGCAGUAGCAAAAUGGCUUCACCGUACUUGGAGAAUCCUGUAGACAUCGGAGCCCAAAUUGUACAAAGGGCUUUACGCAGGGAAAGAGUUUUAAGAGACAAACAAAACCCACUGGCAUUUUCUGAUGAGCACUUAUACGAGAGAUACAGGUUUUCGGCGGAGGGAAUGUUAUAUCUUUGUCGGCUUCUUGAGCUCCAUAUUAAAAACCCGACGCGGCGAAGCCACGCGACCACUGUCCCGCAAAUGAUUUGUAUUGCUUUGCGGUUCUUUGCAAGUGGCACAUACCUGUAUGAGGUGGGCGAUGCCGAGAAGCUCAGCAAAAACACAGUUUGCCGAACCAUUCGUAGGGUGGUCAUCGCACUCCAGAGAUACAUAAACACUUUCAUUGUGUUCCCUGGACAUUUACCCACCGUGGCCAUAAAAGAGGGCUUCUCUAAAAUAGCUGGAUUCCCUAGAGUUAUUGGAGCAAUAGAUUGCACGCACAUUCCAAUCUCUACACCAACAAAACAAAUUGAGGCUGAUUAUCUUAACAGAAACGCUACUCAUAGCCUCAACGUUCAGAUGACUUGUGACCAUCAGUGUAUGAUUACAAGUCUGGAUGCCAGGUGGCCUGGCUCUAUGCUCGACACCCAAAUUUUCGAGAAAUCGUUGUUAUGUCAGCGUUUUCAAGAAGGGGUGUUUGAUGGCCUGCUGGUGGGAGACAGAACUUACGCAUGUCAGAGCUUUUUGAUGACUCCCUACCCUGACCCUGAGACAAAACCACAAAAUGACUUUAACAUAGCCCUCACUCAAACCAGGCUCAAGAUAGACAUGACUUUUGCCAUUUUAAAGGCACGGUUCAACUGUCUUUGUGACCUAAGAGUAUCACCAGAGCGGGCAUCUCAGAUCGUAGGUGCCUGUGUUAUCCUCCACAACAUAGCCACUAUAAGGAAGGAGCGGGUGCCAAAUGAAUAUCAACUCCCACCUCAUGAAAUUGACCCCUCCACACAGGACCAUCCAACUGGAAGAGGUGUCAGAGAUGCAAUCACAGCAGAAUAUUUCACUUAACAUUCAGUAAAAGCAAAAUGACCCACAUGUUUACACAUAUAAGGGAUACUGCCUUUCAUAUUAAGACAAAAAAAAAAGUUCAUAUUCUAAACCUCUGUAAAAAAAAAAAAAAAAAACACUUCACAGGUUGUGAAUUCAUAUGAAUUCUUGUAAAAUGAAAAAAAUAAAAAUAAAAACUGCAAUCUGUUAGAAUUCUGCUUCUAUUUUAUUUUAUCAAUAUUUAUAAAAAAUGAAUGACAAAUUAUACUAUUCACAACUAUUUUGACUGUUGGAAUGGAAAAAAAGUUUAUUUCCAGGUUUAAAUAAUUUUUGUAAUGUCAGAUUUUGGACCUCUACGUGUAAUAAUUAUGUAUCAUGAAUGUAUUGAUCUUAUUUCAAGAAGAGAAAUCAUUCAUCAUAAACAUUUUUGACUCUUCCCAACUGUACUUAUGAAAUGACAUACCCAGACUGUGACAGUUUUGAGUUUAUGCAAAAUUUUAUUUUGCAUGUCAGACAGUGGAGACACUCUUUCAGACCUAUUUUCAUCUCUUCAUUAAUGUACAAACCUUGGCUACAAUAUUAAACCGGGACGUUGACAGUGGCGUACCUCAUUUACAGCUUACAAAUACUGGUAGAAAAAAAUAAAGUGCGUGAAUAUACAAUGUAAAACAGUGUCAAAGUAUAAAAGACCACAAUCUACUUUACAUUUUCCAUUUAAAACAAGCUGAAAACACAGUGGAAUGUAACACACGAUUAAACAACAUCAAACAUGUCACGGUUAAUGUGGAUUAAAAAGACUUUUCCAAGUGGAACGGAUGUCUAUAAUAGCAAUGUUAGUGCAUGGGUGUGUUUGUGUGGGAGGAGGGUGUGUUUGAAGU